AUGACGGCAGACGAAGUGCAACUCCCGCCUAAACCGGCCAACCUCCCCCACCCGGACUACCACACCCCCCGAAGCGUCUCCCCUCUGGAAUCCGUCCGCGCAGCAGGCCUGGAAUACCCCGACUACACCCCCUUCAAGCUCGCCAAUCUCACCCUGCACCCCUUCACCGACCGCGGGCACCACGCCGAUCCCUCCAAAUCGCGCCUCCUCUCCGCCGCAACGGAGAUCAUCCACCUCACGCCAGACAUCGGCACCGAGCUCGCCGGCCUUCAACUCGCGUCCCUCACCCCAGCCCAAAAGGAUGAUCUGGCGCUGCUAGUUGCAGAGCGAGGGGUGGUCUUCUUCCGCGACCAGGCGAUGGACGUGCACGAGCAGAUCGCCUUCGCGGCGUAUUUUGGCGAGCUGCACAUCCACCAGAUGGCGGGGAUCAUACCCGAUCUGCCCUGGGUGCAUCCCAUCUACAAGGACCAUACGGCGGUGAAUGGCCGCUCGCAUCAGAUCUGGCAUUCGGAUGUGAGUUAUGAGUUGCAGCCGCCUGGUCUCACGAUGCUACGGAUGGAUACCCUGCCUGCUGCGGGGCCGGGGGGGAGUGUAGCCGGGGGCGAUACGAUCUGGGCUAGUGGGUAUGCGUUGUAUGAGUCGCUGUCACCGAAGUUGAGGGCGUUUCUUGAGACGCUGGAGGCGAAGCAUAGCGGGCUGGAGCAGGCGGAGAAGGCACUGAAGACGAAUGGGUGUCUCCGGCGGGAUCCGAUCGAGACUAUUCAUCCCGUGGUCCGUACACACCCCGUCACGAAAUGGAAAACUCUGUACGUCAAUGAGAACUUCACCAAGGAAAUCGUCGGCAUCGAGAAGAAGGUUGGACAUGCACUGCUGGAUACGCUCUACCGGACCAUCGCCGAGGCCUAUGAGUAUCAGGUCCGGUGGAAGUGGACUCCGAACGCGGUGGCGAUCUGGGAUAACCGGGUGACCUUCCACACAGGGAUAUUCGAUUACUGUAUGUCUUCCUAUCUCGUGUCUGGAGUCCUGCUGACAACUGAAGUUCCUCAUCUGCGGCAUGGAUUGCGUGUUGCACCACAGGCUGAGAAGCCGUAUUUGGAUGUGGAGUCCAAGACACGGAAGGAAGACCUGGAGAGUAGGAAUGCGUUGAAACAGUGA